AUGAAUCUCACCGAAGUACAUCAAGAGGAAUCUUGUGUCUUUUCAAACUUUUCCUGUUUGGAAGCUUUAACAGCAGCUGAUGUGCUGCUGUAUGUGUCUGCGGCAGUAGUUGUGACACUGACAGUGUGUGGAAACCUGCUUGUGAUCAUCUCCAUCUGUCACUUCAAGCAGCUUCAGACACCAACUAAUUUCCUCCUACUGUCCCUGGCUAUGGCGGACUUUCUUGUUGGGGUAAUUGUGAUGCCCCUCUAUUUUACUAUGUUGAUAGACCCACAGAGGUGCUUUGAUACAAUGCCUUGCAAAAUCUUUAAUGUAGCAGAAUUGUAUCUUACUUGUAUAUCAAUUUAUAAUGUUGCUUUAAUUGCAGUGGACCGAUAUCUGGCUCUCUCCAACCCUUUUCACUACUCCAUGAAAAUGACAGUUAAUUUAACUUUGAGGAUAAUAGCCAUACUGUGGCUGUAUUCAUUAAUCUACAAUAUGUUGCUUCUUUAUUUCAAUGGAAAUAUUACUGACAUGAAAGCAAAUAUCACAUGUGGUGAGUGUACUGUUACAGUUAAUAAAGAAUGGUCCAUUAUUGACUUCCUAACUGUAUUUGUUUUACCAUGCUCAAUUAUUAUAUUCAUAUACCUGAACAUUUUUGCUAUUGCUAAAAAGCAUGCAAAUAAAAUUAGGAGUGUCAGAAACUGCCCAAAAGUAAAUAACAGUUCUAUGGCAUCUGAAAGGAAAGCAGCAAAAACCCUUGGAGUUCUAGUGGCAGUGUUCCUUCUGUGCUUAGUACCCUACUAUGUAAGUGCCUUCCUUAAUGUCUAUUUCAGGAAUAGAUCUGUGCAUGUUGCAGUUUCAGUUACAUUGACUCUAAUAUAUUUAAAUUCUUCCAUCAAUCCUAUUAUUUAUGCUCUGUUCUAUCCAUGGUUUCAGAGGUCUGUUAAACUCAUAUUAACACUUAAAAUAUGUGGCACAGAGUCUUCCAUCUUGAAUGUGCUUGAACGGGAAACAUAAUUUCCUAUGAAUGCUGUAAAACAGUUUUCUUCUUCCUUGUUUUUCUGUUGUCACAAAGCAUGUUUGUUCAGAUUUUUGUGACUUCUACCACUCCUACUGGUACAUCCACACAGAUUGUCCUGUGCUUGCAGUGCCAAAAAAACACCCAACAAAGCACUAAUUGCCCUUGUGUCAAUAUAACAAAUGUACAGUAAACUGUAAUGGCUUGAAAGUGAACACAUAGGAAUACCCCCUGGAACAUCAAAAAAUGUAAAAUUCACUGUAGGUAGUUUUUUUCUAAGGUUCCUUGGGUUUUUCAAACUUUGUGAGAAUGUUUUUCAUG